AUGGGCAACACUUCCAUCCGAAACAUGAUACACGGGUGCGGGCAUCGGAAUUUCGGGUAUUUUAAUGAGGAUAGUUCCGGUAUGAUUGGGCUUGGAGAUGGUCCUCUCUCAUUCUUUGGUCAGACUCAACAUUUGAUUGAUGGAAUGUUUUCGUACUGCCUAGUAUCUCAGGUCGGUCCAAACCCACAUGCAAGGAGCAGGAUUAACUUCGGCAUUAAUGCGGAGGUGUCUGGGCCUACAGUGAUACACACCGAGUUGAUCAAGAAGAAGGGCAUGCCAUUCUAUUUUCUCUCAUUGAAAUCAAUCAGCGUCCGAAAUAGAAUAAUUCAAUUCACAAGAAAAUAUGGUGAAAUCUUAAUAGACUCAGGAACUACUCUAAAUUAUUUCCCCAGGGACGUAAUGCAAAAUUUGAAGAAAGCACUAAUACUUGAGAUUGGUAAAAACCCACUUAUGAUUAAUAAUGAAUUUUGCUAUAAAAUGAACACCGAUAUUCCUGAUAUCACCUUCCAUUUUGCUAUGGAAGCUAACAUAACUUUGUCAAAGAGGAAUACUUUUUCAGCAUACGGAAAUGCAUUGUGUCUGAAUAUGAAAGCAGAAGAUCAUAUAUCAAUAUUUGGGAACAAAUCACAAAUGGAUUUCUUGGUCGGAUAUGAUAUUCCCAGUAGAAUUAUCUCUUUCAAACCAACCGAUUGUUCAAAGCAUGUGAUAUCAAAGUAG